AUGAGGGACACCUCAUCACUAGGGGCAGUAACACACAGAGACUGUGUGUUGGGAGCAAUCUUCGUCAAGAGUCCUGCAAAUUCUCUUGAAGUUGCUGGAUCAGCAGGGUUCUCCGCCCUUACUGACCCUGCCCGUUUUUUGGCGGUCCGACUUGCUGUCGCGGAUUGGCGACAUGGUAAGACCCACGUCUCGGACCCUUCCUUGGCCAAAGGCGGUCAUCACGUCCUGUCUUCGGACGUGUUGCAGUGCUCGGGACACUACACUCAUGAGCGUAGUGUCCAAUCUUCUGACAGCGGUGGCAUCUUGCCGUUCGCUUGUGACUCAGAGAGCGAGAGUUCUCGCUCACGGUGUAACAGAGGUCCAUUGGAUCAGGACCUCCUGUUUCCUGUCGCCUCGUCGGACGAUAGUUGGACGAGUUAG